UAGAAAUAUAUAUAAAAUGGUGACAGUUCAGAGCGUUCCACAUUUCCGAAUACAUAUUUGUCUGCUGGUUUUUUAUUAGGUGUAAAAUGGAAAAAAUACAUGAAGUGAUUGUUGUGAAUUUAAUUGUUAUACUUGUAAAUAGUUAUGUUGCUGGUCAAAAUCUCCUACCAGAUGGAAGUCCAUACUUCUGCGUUCCUCCUGGAAUAUGUCUAGGAGGAAUUGAUCCAAGAAUUUUAACGCCAAGAAUUCAGGAGGACAGUGAAGCGACUGUAGGCGAAGACCUUCCAACAUUAAUCGACAAAGUUUUCAAUGAAAAAAUAUUAACCGAUGGAACGCCAACGCCAGGAAUAGCCACGUGUCCAGCAGGAAAACUUCCCUGCUACGCCCAAGGAAGUAUGAGCAGUUGCGGUCAAAGUGCCAAUAAGAACGUAAAGGAUGGCUUGGCUGAUCCGGACGCUUAUCCUUGGUUAGGGUAUCUGGCAGGACCCAGCGGGUAUUUGGGAGUUGGUUCACUUCUGAGUCCGUAUCAUGUUUUGACCGCUGCGCACAAGGUCCUAGCUUUCAAUGCGACACCACAACAGUUGACCAUAUAUUUCGGAGUUAACAACCCUGCAACUCUAAAUGAACCACCUCUCAAACCUAAUUCGACAGCAUCAAAGAUCUACAUACAUCCCGCCCAUAACAAUAGUACCCUGAAAAACGACAUUGCAGUUGUAAGGCUGCUCAAUCCUAUAGGUCUAUUGGAUACGAACAGAGUGAAUACUGUUUGCAUUCCAUCAGCAACUGCCACAAACACAACAUUCACUGCAAAACCACAACCAUGUUUAGUUUCUGGUUGGGGUCAAAUACAACCGAAUAAUACAGCUGUACCUACACAGCUCAAACAAGUUAAUGUAAACACUACAGAUAUAGAUACAUGUGAAAAAGGAUUUAGUGGUAAGGUAGAUACCAGUAUUUACCUGGAUAAAGUUGGAGAAAUUUGUGCAGGAGGCGAAGCACAAAAAGAUGCAUGUUUCCAAGAUGGUGGCGCGCCUCUCAACUGUAGAACAGCAGAAAAUCCAGCUGCCUUCACUGUUGCUGGUAUUGUGAUAUGGGGUAAAAGCUGUGGCCAACCAGGCGUUUACGGAGUAUACACGAAUGUUCCUACUUACAGAAGUUGGAUAGUUGGUGUAUUAACAGAACCAAUUCCUUAAUGAAACAAUAUUAUGUGAUAUGUAAAUGAAUAAUUCAGAAAUAGAAAUUGUACAGUUCAAAAUUAGAGUAAUAAAUGAAUUUUGAUAUAUCA